CUCAGCUAAAAUGCUGUGCAAUUAUGUCUCACUGGGGCAUUCAACAGACUCACUGUCAAAACAACCACUUGUGAUUUCUACUGUUAAAGUUUUGCAGAGGUUUUAGCUAAGUGUGUGUACAUGUGUAAUUGUGGUGCAUAACCUUUCAUGCUUCUGUUUAAAUUGCUUGAAGCGGACCAGCGGUCAUCAAGCUUUCUAUAUCAGCAGAACGAUGGUGCCGCCGCUGUUUGCUAACAUGGUUCACUUUGUGUGUCUCUGCAGGGGGAGGUGGUGCACUGGCUGGCCUGUUGGCUGGAUGCAGCCUGCAGGAAGGGCUCCACUCCCACAGUGGGUAAAGGACUGAUGGAGGGAGGAUCCUUCACUCGUCCAAACUCAGACAUAAAAUAUAAUGAGGCGAAACGAGAGUGGUGUCUUUCAAUGUGUUUACUUCUGAACUGCCAGACCAGACUGCCAAACAUGGGGUAACAGGCAUCCCAUAAUACCUUGCGCAGGUACUUCUUAAAGUGACCAUAACACUGUUUUAUACAUUACAAAUAUCAAUAUUGUAUUACUCAUAUGUGACAUCAAGUUCAGUGUUCAGCUAGCAGUGCCUUAAAAAAAUAAAUCCUAACAUGUCCUUGUCUCAGUCUGAUCCAGUUCUUCUCUAAGAUGAGGAAGUGGGCCGACAUGUCCAACCUCUCGCGGGACUUCAGGCUACAAAUGGAUGGCUGGAGCGAAACUUUGAGGUCUCCACCGUGAUCUUCCGCAAGUUUGAUGUCUUGAUUUAGUAAUGAGUCGUGGCCCCUCCAGUCAGGAAGCAGCAGCGGAGAGCUCUCUGGAUCAGGAGAGGCCCAGGCCGAGGCCCUGUGGUGGGGACACCACCUGCAGGUGGCGCUGGUCAACACGGUGGCCUUCAGGGGCAUCUGGCAGAAGCAGUUUCUGUUCACCAACUCCCAGAACCUGCCCUUCAUCCUGUCUGAUGGGACUCCCAUCAAGAUGCCCAUGAAGUACCAGGCUGCAGAGGUCAGCUUUGGUCAGCUCAGGACGGGAUCGGAUCAGCGCUACACGGUUCUGGAGCUGCCGUUCCUGGGCCGCUCCCUGAGCCUGCAGGUGGUUCUACCCAGCGAGAGGAAGACGCUACUGUCCUCCCUGGAGGCUCAGCUCACACAGCGCCACCUAGCGUCCUGGGUCACCGGCCUGCGCAGAACCAGGAUGGACAUCUUCCUCCCAAGAUUCAGAAUGCAGAACAAGUUCAACCUGAGGUCGGUGCUCCCCGCUAUGGGCAUCAGCGACGCCUUCAACCCCACAGCAGCCGACUUCACCGGGAUCUCAGUGGAGGAGGGUCUCUAUGUGUCUGAUGCCUUCCAUGAAGUCAGGAUAGAAGUCACGGAGGACGGGACCAAAGCAGCUGCUGCUACUGCGAUGGUCCUCCUCAAAAGAUCCCGAGCUCCAGUUUUCAAAGCAGAUCGGCCGUUCUUAUUUCUACUGCAACAGGUUCACACAGGUAUUUACUUCACAUCAUACAGAUGUUUUCAAUGUUUUAGUCUAGAAAAGCACCCUAGUCAGGGUAUGCUGUUUGACAUUUUAGUUUUAGUAUGAAAAUAAAUAGAUCU